AUGACGCUGCCGCCGCCCGCGCGCCCCGCGCACCCCGCCGCGCACCACGCCAUGCGCUACUACCGCAUCUGGAUCUACGCGUGCAACGGCGCGCUGCUGCUGGGGGCGCUCGCGUUUUGCGCGGCGGCGGGUCGCGCGCUCUCCGACUACCGCCGCACGCUCGUGCCCGGCCUCAGCGCCGCGCAGCCCGGUUUCCUCUACGGGUACGUCGCGUUGCCAGCGCAGGCUGGUCUGCUGCAGCUCCUCGGUUGCCUGGCGGCGUUGCGCCUUUCCGAGCGUAUGCUCAAUGCUUACUGGCUCGCUCUACUAGCUCUGCUCGUCGGCGACGCAGCUAUCGGUGUUUAUUGGGCGUUUCGCUUUGAACGCGUUUGUCGAGAACUUCGGCCCCAGCUGCGGAUUCGUCUUGGCAAGGAGUACGACACCGACGUCGACUUUGCGGAGGCGUGGGACCGACUUCAAAGAGAACAACGUUGCUGUGGCGUAACAGGUCCGGCCGAUUUCGCAGCUUUCAAUCGGACCACGUUGCCUCCGAGCUGCUGUCGCAUCCCGGCUCACAGUACCCUCACAACUCCGUCGUUGUUGGUGCCGACGGCGGCAUCGUCACUUGCGCCGUAUACCCCUGUGCACUGCGCGCCGCACACCGCUGCUUGUGCGGAACGACUGUUAGUUUGGUUGCGGAGAACGGCGGACGCACUGUUCGUUUUAGGCUAUUGCGUCAUCGCAUUCUUAAAGUUGUGCUUCCUGGGAAUCCUCCGAUACGAAAUAAAGGAGAUGAUUCAAAAAAUUAGAAUAUUACGAAGUGAGCUAGGAGCCGGUGAGCUUCUAGAAGGCAGUCCAAUUCAUGGAGGACCCUUAUCACAGACAGUGAUAGUGAAUGCAGUAAAUGCGAACGGUGGCGUGCGUGCACACAGCGGCAGUCCGGAGCGCGCGAGCGAGCGCGAAGCGCUACUAGGGCGCUCGUCGGAACCAUGCUCACGACGCAGCAUACACGACGAGCCGCUCGGACCGAAAACAGUGAACGGCAACAACAACUGCGAAAUGCGCGAGCUCGCAAGGGGCGAGUACAGACCAUUAGCGGUGGAUAGCGCCGCGACUCGAAUCUGACUAAGAUGUUACCUGGAGCGGCUGUUCGGGCGUCGGUGGCGCUCGUUCCCGGCCGCCGGCUGCGAGAUGGAGGCGCCGGCGUCAGUGCGUAGCGCGCCUGCUUGCGUGCGCCGUGCCGGGGCGCGCGUGCGCCUCGACUCUCGCCGCCAUACCCACGCUGAGUUCGAGCUGUAAGCCUACCGCAGCCGCUGCCACCGCAGUUCAUUUCGCCGUUGUCAAUUGCGAGUACUGUCCGUUUAUAGUGAUGUUUAUAGUGGUAGUACAAUCCUAAGUGUCCCAACAAUGCAAAUCAGUGUUUACAGAGUGUUAUAGAUCGCGGUCUGUUCCCAUUAACGCGAAAAACAAAGAUGCUAACAGACAAAAAGUGUAAUAGUGAAUAUCUUACACGGGGAUAAUUCAAUUCACGAGCAAAGCUUGUGUUUAGUUCCUACGCUUGGCCGUUUUAUAAUAAUUACGUUAUUUAUUAUAGAUUUUAUUAUACUAUAUAUAUACCAAUGUACUUUAUUUUAAGCUAAAACAAACCACUUAAGCUAAUAAGUUGACGUCAUUUUGUAUUUGUAAUAUAAUCCCAUAAGCUCAGAGCAUAAAGGCGGUGCUCAGCCAUGCAAAAACAGAAGAGCUAAUUAAACUAGAUACGAACAAAAACUAUUUCGCUUCUAUUCAAAUAGUUCAAAAGAGAGUUAACCAAAUAUAAAAUGAGCUUGUGAUUUUGCACACCUAUAGAAAGUUUGGAAUGUUUUAUAAAAGUUUUUUAGUUUAAUCACUAGGAAUUCCAUACUUUUAUACAUAGAAAUAUGUUGAGGGAUAGAAUCAUAGUUUAGUUAUAAUCACACUUGUAUCUUUUAUACCUAUCGUGCACAAGUACCCAGAACAGUAUUCAUAGUUGUAGAUUAGAAGUGGCCAGAAUUCACGUUGCUUUAGUUUGCGUCACGCGCUGUAGGAUAUAUUCUCCAUCGUACGAGUUGACGGAUAGAGUUAUAUGGAACAUUGUGUUGGCACGAGAUUCGUGUUUCUCGUUCUAUCUCAUAAUUCCAUCUUUCUCUUUCGGGUAAUAUGCAAGAUGUUUAUAAAAGAUUGAAAUAAUUCUUUAGGGGCUUGUCUUCA